AUGGCAGCUCGUCCCGCAGUUGGCGGUUGGUUGAAAGGAAAGACGGUGCGCAAAGGUGGUGCUUUACCAUCAAAUACCCACACUCGUUCGUCUACGCCUCAAGUCCAAAGCACUUCGUCGACGGUAUUCGGUGGUGGUGUCAAGGAUGCAUCUGGACGAACAUCGGAAUUCUUUUCUAUGGACGACCAAUGUCCUGUCUCACCAUGUCCAAUCUGCAAUAAAGUUCUGAGAAAGUUGGCAUUUACACCCCAGACGUUUGAAGACUUGACCGUCGAGAAGGAAGUCGCGGUCAGAAGGCGCAUCGCAAAAGAGUUCAACAAAAGACGAGAGGAUUUUCCUGAUCUACGUUCAUAUAAUGACUACCUAGAAGAGGUGGAAGACAUUACCUUUAAUCUCAUAAACGAGGUCGAUGUCCCUCAAACGGAAGCUCGAAUAGCAGCAUACCGUGCAGAAAAUGCCGCUCUCAUCGAGCUCAAUGUCCAACGUGAAGAAGCAUACGCCCAAAAUCUAAAGGAGCAGGAGGAAGCCGAAAGACGCGAGCGCGAACUACGUGCAUCUCAGCUACGCAGAGAAGAGGAAGAAGAACGCGAAGAACGAGAAAAAGACAAACGGGAAAUCAUCGACAAGCUGGAGUCUAGCGACAAGAACGCCGCGAAGCUGAUCGCGAAGAGCAGAGCCAACGCAUUGAAACGAUCAUCUGCGCGUGCAGCCUCAACGACGGUCAUUCAAAGCAAUGCGAAGCUGCUCAGGACCAGGGCAGCCACGGACAUUCCUGAUGUGCCGCAUGUUCCUUUCAACGAUAACUUUUACUGCUACGAAGAUAUGUACUCUAUGCGCCAGGGAUACGAUGAUUUCUUCAGCGAAGCUGUAAGAAAAGAUCGGGAGGGUAUUAUGAGAGCAGGUGGUUAUAAGGUAGAGGAAGCAUGGGAAAGAGCGUUAAGAUUUGCUGUGGCAGGACUUGACCUAGCCCCCCUUGUAGGUUCCGAAGGGGUGCAGGAAUCUUUUCCUCCGCCAACAGAAUCGACUGGUGAUGUUGUUAUGUCAGUGAGUUAA